CAUGCGAAGCGCACAACUGCGGAGCAGCGCCCCAGCGCAGGGGUCUGGCGUGCGCAGGUCCAGCAGCGCUGGGCGGCGUCCUGUUCGCCACAACGUCGCUUGCAAUGCGGCCAAGAAGUCAGAUGACAGCUUCCUGUCGACAUUUAUUCGCAAGGGCGCUGUGGCCGGCCUGGCAGGCGUGCUUCUGGGGACCGCCCAAUUCGGUGGUGGCUAUGCUGAAGCUGCCCCGUCGCUGACUGCGACCCAGAAUGCCAAGGCAGAAGAGCUGGCGCGCAUUGUCAGGGAGCGUACCGGCCAGGACCUGCCUCGCGUGGAGGCUUCUCCUUCGGCCGACGCCGAGCUGGAGGAGGCGCGUGCCGCCGCCGAGCGCGCCGUCACCUCGGGCAACUCCUCCGCCCUGAAGGAGCAGCUGCGUGUGCUCAACGACCAGCUGCGUCGCGAGCAGGUCGAGCGGGAGCGACUGGAGGCCCGCGCCGCCGACCUGGCGCGCGCCGCCGCCCGCGCGCAGGCCGCCGCGCAGACCGUCGACGCGCCCGCGCCGUCGGUGCAGGUGGUGGAGAAGGUGGUGGAGAGGGUGGUGGAGCGGCCCGUGGGCCCCUCUGCUGCGGAGCAGGAGGCGCAGCGCAAGCAGUUUGAGGCCCUGCAGCAGCAGCUGCAGGAGGCGCAGGCAGCGGCGCAGGCGUCGGCGGCGCAGCAGGCGGCGCUGGAGCAGCGGCUGGCGGCGGCGCGGGAGGCCGCAGCGGUGGCCGGCGAGGGCGAGGAGGAGAGCAGCCCGCUGGGCUUUGUGGGCGCGCUGGGCAUUGUGGUGGGCGGCGGCCUGGCCGGCUACGUGGCUGUGCUCAACCAGAGCAAGGAGAAGACGGAGGAGGAGCUGACCAGCACCAUCGCGGUGGAGCGCAAGGCAGUGGCGGAGCUCAAGGCCAAGGCCGCGGACGCCGCCGCCGCCCUGGAGCGCGAGCGCAACCUGGUGGCGCGCCUGCAGGGCGAGAUGAAGGCCGCCGCCAACGACAGCGCCCGGCUGCUGGAGCUGGAGAAGGUGGAGAAGGAGGCGGCCAGGCGGUCGGCCACCCUCACGGAGGAGAGCCUGGCGGUGGAGAAGAAGCUGGUGGAGGCCAUGAGGCGCGAGGCCGCUGCCGCCGAGGAGCUGAUUGAGGCGGAGAAGGCCGCCAAGUUCGCGGCGGAGGCGGAGGCGCGCGCAGUGGCGGAGAGCCUGGCCGCCACGGAGAGGGCGCUGGCCAGCGAGCGCGAGGUGGUCAAGAAGGUGGGCCGUGAUGCCCAGGAGGCCCUGGCCCGGCUGCGCGCCACUCAGCAGCAGGCGGGCGCCGCCGUCAUCACCAACAGCCAGCUGACGGCGUCCAUGGACGAGGAGGCGGCGAGGCGAGGCGAGGCGGAGGAGCUGGCGGAGGAGCUGCAGCAGCGGUUGAGCGCGGCGGGCGAGAAGAUGGCGCAGCAGGAGGACAUGCUCAGCAAGGUGGGCAAGGAGGCGCUGUCCAUGAAGUCGGCCAUGAAGGUGCUGAAGGAGCAGGCGCUGGCCAUCAGCGUCAGCGCGCAGAAGGACGCGGCGGCGGCGCGCGAGGAGCGCGAGAAGGUGGAGGCGCAGCUGGCGGCGGUCAGCAAGCAGCUGGCGGAGGAGCGCGACGCCGCCACUCAGGCCCGCAGCGAGCAGUCCCGGCUCAAGGCGGCGCUGGUGGAGAGCCAGGCGCGCGCCGCCGGCCUGGAGGCGGAGCUGGAGCAGGCCAAGGCCGCCAACACAGGACUGCAGGCGCAGGUGAAGGCGCUUCAGGGCACGGUGGUGGGUCUGGAGGACCAGCUGGCUCAGAGCUCCUCCUCCAACGCCGCGCUGAGCCAGCAGGCCAGUGGGCUGCGGAGUGAGCUGGCGGACGUGCGGAAGGCGCUGGGGGCCACACAGGACUCUCUGGCUGCUGAGCGCGCCGGCUCCGCCGCCACCGCUGCGGCGCUGGACCAGCUGCGCGGCGAGUACCGCACCGCCCUGGAGCGGCUGUCGGGUCGGGAGGCGGAGGUGGCGGCGCUGCAGCGCGAGCGGCAGGAGCUGCAGCGGCAGCUGGGGGCGGUGCGCGGCGAGCUGGAGGCCAGCCAGGCUGGCCGUGCGGACGCGGAGCGCCGCGCCCGCGACGUGUCGGGCGAGCUGGCCGCGUCCAAGCAGCGCGCCGGCGACCUGGAGAGCGCCGGAGCCAAGGCCGCCGCCGCCGCGCGCCAGGUGCAGGAGGCCUACAACCGGGAUGUGGGCGCCGCCCGCAGCCGCAUCAGCGGCCUGGAGGGCGAGCUGGCGGCGCAGCGGGCCAGCAACGCCGAGCUGGAGCGCCAGCUGUCGGCGCGCCUCAGCCAGGUGUCGGCGCAGCUGACGCAGGCGGAGGAGGCCGCCAAGGCCGCCAAGACGGAGCGCGACUCGGCGCUGGUGUCGGCGGCGCAGCAGCUGCAGGGCGUGCGCGCCGAGGCCGCCGCCGCGCAGCAGACCGCCGCCAAGACCAUGGCGGAGCUCAACGAGGAGCGCUCGGCGCGGCAGGCGGCGGAGGCCAACCUGGCGGCGCUGAGGGGGCAGCUGGACCUGCUGGUGAGCCGCAGCGACGACUACCGCAAGGAGGCGGAGACGGCGGUGACGCAGCUGCGGGAGCAGUACGAGGCGCUCAAGGUCAAGGCCCAGGCCAAGCGCAGCGCCUCGCGCAAGGCCGCUGGCGAGGCCGCCGCCGGCCCCAACUCCAUCUUCAACGGCGCCAACGGCGCGGCCGCCAACGGCAACGGCCCCAGCCAGGCCGUCGCCACCGUGACCGCCGUGGCCGCCGCCGCCGCGAUCGCCGCCAACGCCGCGAACGCCGCCAAGGCCGCCGCCGCCGAGGCGCCGGCUGCCGAGACCGCGCCCGCCACCGCCGCGCACACGGAGGCCGCGCCUCAGGCCGAGGCGCCGGCGCCGGCGCACGCGGAGGCCCCUCAGGCCGAGGAGGCGAAGGCGGCUGAGGAGGUCAAGACGGAGGAGGCUGCGCCCAAGGAGCCUGCCAUGGCGUCUGCGGCUGCUGCCGGCGGCUCAGGCAGCGCCGCCGGCUUUGGCGGCGCUGGCAAGAAGAAGAAGUCGACCAAGAAGAACUAAACGCACUCAGGCGCACACAGCAUCUGGAGAUGUGGGGAGAUGCGGAGGGAGGGAAGGCAACAUGAAAGAGGCGGCGAAGGGGGCGUGGGACGUCUGGGAAUGGAGCACCGCCGGUGCUGCAGCAGCGGGAGUGCUGUGCGUACGGCCCAAUGGGUUUAGGCCUUUAGGAGACUGGAGGCGUAUUUGCUCUCCACAUGGCGAAACGGCAUGACGCAACACGUCAGCGGCAUGCGGAUUUCCUGCAUGUGGGACGGGGCAAGGGCAAGGACACACACAGCAUUCCUGCUCGUAGCGGUGAUGUCGAUGCAAGCGCAAACGCUGUGCAUCCGUGUCAGCGCGGCGUGCGCUAUACGCCGCGUUGUGAGCGGCCGCACUCUUCCAAGCCAAACGACCACAUGGCUCCGGGAAGAGCGCUAGGAGGGAAUAAUAUAUGUCUCCAUUGCUGUGGUCGGGUGCUCUGCAAGUUGCCGGCGUCUGGUGGCUGUGGAGGACUGCAAUACGGUGUGCCUGAGCAUGCCGGCUGAUGUGGCUGAGCCUUGCGCAUUGUACCUGGAUGCCAGAUCGGGCACUCGGGCAGGCUACUUUGGCGCGCGCGCGCGCACAGCCAAGACGGCUUUUAUGGGCUUGCCGCUCGGAAUCAAAUGCUUGAGGCCUGGUCGUUUGGCGUUGACGUACCGGUAUAGCUGUUGGAUGGGGGCCAAUUUUGAUCCUUUGUGGCCGUAUCAGCGUAUUUGUGAGGAGACAGGGCAUGCCGUACCAUCGAGUGACACACUGAUGAGCCCAGAAGGUGCAUCGCCACCCCAGGCGCCUUGGCUGGGUUUGCGGCACUCGCACGAAGCACACCGCAAAGCGCACGUGUGUGUUCUGCCGCCAUGAGAGAACCCCGCGACGACUUGACGAAGAUUUAUAUUGUAACCUG